AUAAGACCCUAAUCCAGCCUCAUUUUAGUGAUCUACCAUGGGUUAUAAGUGGAUUGAAUUCAUUACUUGCGAAAACUUUUGCUUGAUGUUCCUAAUCUUUCAUAGAUACUACACGACACUACACCAUGUGGUCACAACUUUUGCCUAAAAUGCUUCUAGAAAUGGAUUGGGCAAGGGAAGAAAACAUGUGCAAAAUGUCGAACUCAUAUUCCACAGAAAAUGGCAAGCCAGCCUCGAAUCAAUUCUGCACUUGUGUCUGCUAUUCGUAUGGGAAAGCUGGCAAGAGACAAUGUAGCUGCAGGACCUUUGAAGGUUUACCAUUUUGUACACAACCAAGACCGGCCUGAAAAGGCAUUUACAACAGAAUGUGCACAGAGAGGUGGAAAGUCCAAUGCAACUAGUGGGAAGAUAUUUGUCACCAUACCACCUGAUCAUUUUGGGCCAAUAAUAGCUGAAUAUGAUCGUGAGAGAAAUCAGGGUGUGCUGGUUGGAAUACCGCCAGUGGGGAGCUCACUUUCCUCAUGUUGCAGGCAUUGCAGGGUAGUCAAAUUAUGGUGCUCAAUCAGUGGCACUUUUAGGAGGUUAUAAGGAUGAUGAGGACCACGGAGAAUGGUUCCUUUACAUUGGAAGUGGAGGUAGAGACCUUAGUGGGAACAAGCGGACAAACAAGCAACAGUCAUUUGAUCAAAAGUUUGGCAAGAUGAAUGAGGCCUUACGAGUAAGUUGUAAAAAGGGCUAUCCAGUUCAAGUCGUAAGGUCCCACAAAGAUAAGCGUUCUGCAUAUGCCCCGGAAAAAGGGGUGUGAUAUGAUGGGGUUUACAGGAUUGAAAAAUGUUGGUGAAAAGUUGGAAUCCAAGGUUUUAAAGUUUGUCGGUAUUUGUUUGUGAGAUGUGAUAAUGAGCUUGCCCCAUGGACAAGUGAUGAAACUGGGGAUCGACCUAGGCCUUUGCCAGUUAUUCCAGAACUAAAGAAGGCAAUGGACAUAACAGAGAGGACAGAGAGUCCCUCCUGGGACUUUAAUAUGAGUGGAUGCAGUCUCUUCACUUUCACUUGUUUAUUUUUCCAUUUUUUGUUCUUUGGCCAUGCAAAUGGGCAACAUGUAAUAAAUGAAUCUUCAUUUG